ACUAUUCUUAUCGUUAUUAUUAUUAUUAUUAUUAUUAUUAUUACUCCGGUUGAGAAAUGUACAUACAAGUAAGUUGUUGUUGAACUAACAUAAUAUAUCUAUUUAUACCACGUUGUUAUAAAAAAUAUCAAAUCUUUAUUUAUUUUUAACAUCUUCAGAAGCAUCUAAUUAAAAUAAACAAAUAAAAUAUCAGUCCAAUACAACGAGACUUCUUCCAAAGAUUAAAACUGAUGUUAUGAAUCUAAAAGAAACAAUUACUUCAACAGAGAGACACGAAAAUAAUUAAAUUUCUUCGAUAAUUCACCUCAGUGCCAUUAAAGCAGUAUUUUUUAUAAAAUAAACAUGUUUGAAAGCAUAAGUAAUUUUGUAAGAAGACACAGUCGUAAGUUAGUCAUCGGCGGAGCUGUAGUUGGCACUUACUACGGUCUUUUAAGGUACAGUCAAUAUAAAAUAAUAGAAUGGCAAAAGCAAGAAAUGCAAAAAAGGAUGUUGAAUUCAAAGCUAAAGCAGCAUUACGAGUGCACUGAAAAAUCAUGUACCCAAGCGAUUUCAAACCUGGGACGUUGUGUUAGAAAUUCAGUGCUGAAAUUAAUCCGCUGUCAAGAAAUAAUAGACCAAUUAAAAGCCGGGAAUUGUGAUAAAAUAGCCUGUUGGAACGAAUUAAAAGUUAAUUCUAUUUGUAAGUCCGUAUUAAUUAUUUACGCUGACAUAAUGCUGGUGUUAAUCAUGCGGCUCCAAAUGAACAUAAUCAGCGCAUCGAUGUUUGAUAAUUCCUCUAGACCCGACGAAGAGCGUGAGCUUAAAAGAAUCCAGGAGGUUUAUUUAAAUUUGACCAAUUAUUUUAUGGAUGGAGGUAUCCAGCAAUUGUCAUUGUUUAUAAAAAAAAAAGUUGAAGAAGUUUUAAAGUCCAUUUCGCUGAAAGACGAAUUUAAUUUAAAAGAACUGGAGCAAAUUUAUUUAGGCAUAAUGUCUAGUAUUUUAGACGAUAAAUCUGGAGACCCGGUAAAGAAUUUUAGACAGUAUGUGUUUCCACAAAAUUUGAACAUCGAAAAUAAUUAUCAGCUGGAAGAUAUUCUGAAUAUCACUCUUGAUUUUCUGGAGAGUCAACAAUUUCAGACUUUGAUGCAGUCUAAUAUUAGGAGCGGGUUUGUUAUGAUAGUCGACAAGAUUUCCGAGACUUUUGACAAAGUUGCUAAUAAAUCUAAUGAUAAUUCUUCCUCCAUGACUGAAGAAGUCGCGGAAAGUUAUCUUAUUGUACACAACUUGGAAAAUUCGAAGCUACCAUUCGCUAAAAUUAUUCCUAUUGUUAAUAGUCUUCUUCCGGAUGUUCCUGCUGAUAAUGACAUUCAUGAAACUUUGCUCAGAUUUUUGAUAGCUAAUCAUCCGUUAAAAUGCUUCGGGGCUACUGUUUUUGAGGUGCUUUGUACUUAUCAAUGAUAAUUAUUUAAUUUCUUUCUAGGGUUCAGAAUAAAUUUGGAAAAAUUAUCGGAAUUUUGUUGGAG